CACACACACACACACACACACGAACACACGCACGCACACACACACACGCGCACACACACGUAGGCUUACAAUCUCAUGAAUAAUAUAAAAGAGCAGCAAUGUAAACAAUAUUAAUCGUAAGUUAGAUACACCCCAAUGUUAUUUUGAUGCGUGCUCUAUGGUCGUAAGUAUACUUGUACAAGAUGGUUAAGAUGGAAGCAUUUUGAUAGAUUAUGGUAAAAAUAACCAUCUAUAGCUUUCUUUGUUACAGAUCAGACGCUUAGGUCUUUUACUUCUGACUGAUGUUUUUAUUUGAGGGAACAAGGGAUGUUUGUUGUCUAAAAAGAUGAAUUAAUUUACAUAUAAUAUACAACCCAGCUUUAUCCUAACAUCUAUUUUGUCGCGUUUUUCUUUUAUACUGAAGUAGGGUAAGAUGGAAAAACAGGAUUAAAAAUUUCAAAAGAAAAAAUCAUAAAUCUAUUGUUGAUAGAGAUAUUAUGAAAAAAAAUUACUGACCGAAUUUCUUAAGUCUGAAAGACAUGAUGAGAUAAAUCCUCGUCCAAGAUCAGCUGUUCAAUUGUUCGUGGAAGAGAAUACAGUGUGGGUUCAUCGUCCUCGUAAGAAGGUCAAGAACAAAACCGAGUAAUGGAACCGGCGUGUCCGGACCUGAUGCAAGAGCUUCCGGUAGUGAUUGAUGUUUCUGUAAGAGUACUCUCCCCUGCGGAAACAUCCUCAGAAGCAAAUUUCACAUUUAUCGUGCGGGUGUGUGUGUGUAUGUGUUUGUAGUUUGUUUGUUUGUUUGGUUUUUUUCUUUCGAGUAUGACGUAAUCCACCUAACAUUAAUUGGCACACGUUUUGUUCGAUAACAGUUCUGACAGAAAUGAACUAUUUUGUAUAUUCCUAUUUUUUGAAAUGAUCUCUCUAAGUUUAGAAGCUAGUUGAAACCAUAUGAAAUCGAAAACAACCCAGAAAGAGAAAUCGGAGCAGGUUUCGAGCAAAGUAUAUCAAAAUGAAAUAAAAGAUAGAGAUCACAAGAAAAACGGGUUGCUUUGACCAAGUGUGUCAGGGCUAACUCGCGCUGAAAGGGAAACAUUAUUCCAAUAUGUGUCUGUUUCUGCAUUUAUUUUCAUUUCAAGAUCAGGCUAUGACCUUCUGUGAUGUUUUUUUCUUUUCCCAGAUCAAGUACCAACGCAAGUAAAUCAGGCUCCAGCCUCCUGAAAGUUUGGAGUUGAGAAAGCUGUUUCAGCUCACUGCAUUUGCAUCAUUUUAAAACUCUGUAGCUCUUAACCGUACAACAUGACAAAUAACGGUGUUGUCACCUAAGCAAAUAAGUGCUCAAGAGGAUACUUAAGAAGGGACAUUCGAUUGAGAACUGAAAGUGGAAUGGACUUAAGAAGAAAAAACAAAAUUGUAAAAAAGCAACUUAAAAGAAAGAAACACGGUUAGUAGUUUUCCAAAAUCUCUCCUUCCAAUGGCUCUCCCAAAGGUCCCCGAGUUUAAGUGCGAGAUAUUUUCAGCAUCAGACAUCUAAUGAACUGGGCCAAAAUGGCUGGCCCAAGCACUAACGGCGUUGUGACGAUGAACGUUAGUUCCAGCCUGACGUCACAGCCGUACCAUGAACUACUGCAUCCUCAUUGGCUGGAGCAUGAGGAGGCUCCGGAGGGCGUUCACCUUUCCGUGGGGGUGUUCAUUACUCUGGUUGGCGUCCUGGCCGUGUGUGGGAACAGCCUUGUGAUCAUUACCUGCAUCCGGUUCAAGGACCUUCGAACACGAUCCAAUAUUCUGAUCAUCAAUCUGGCCGUUGGUGAUCUUCUUAUGUGUCUGAUCGAUUUCCCCCUUCUUGCAGCCGCCAGCUUUUACGGCGAGUGGCCUUAUGGUCGACAAGUGUGCCAAAUGUACGCCUUUCUGACAGCCAUAGCCGGCCUAGUAACCAUAAACACGUUGGCUGUAAUCGCAGCUGAUCGCUACUGGGCAGUAGUCAGACGUCCUACUCCAGGCCAAAAACUACCAAAGUGUGUCACAAGUAUCGCUGUCGCCUCGGUGUGGGCGUACUCGAUCUCCUGGGCUCUAUGUCCGAUUCUUGGUUGGGGCGCCUACGUUCUAGAUGGUAUCAGAACAACGUGUACAUUUGAUUUCUUGACCCGUACCUGGGAAAAUCGAAGCUUUGUAAUAGGGAUGAUGAUUGGGAAUUUCGUUCUUCCCUUUGCUCUAAUGGUGUUUUCUUACUUCAGGAUUUGGGUCGCCGUCCGUAAAGUGAAAUCUGGUUUGGAACGGGAGUCCUCUCACAUUGCAAUGGGAACAAGGCGUUUUUCCAGUGACAGUUGCAGGUCACAUCGCCUUUAUAAACGUGGGGGUGGGAGAUUCAGCUUUAAGACAAAUUCCUCAACCGGUAGUGAGUUCUACAAGAACGAAGAGGUGCCAAAAGGUGACGACAUUGCUGAAGAGACGCGUGAUGUCAAUUGCAACGAACAACAGCUAUUGGAUAAUGCUUUAGCAAAGAUUUUCAAGCCUGUGAGAGAAGGGUCAAACGUUGAAGAUUCUUCUAAGUGCAAUGUCAACGACAAACAUUUCGAUCACAAACAGUAUUUUAAAUCGUUUAAGUCCGCCAAUGAACAAAAUCGAAUUUCACGCCUAAGUGAGAAAAUGCGACAAUCAGAAGACACAUUCGACACGUCUACGACGCUUCCAUUACGCUGUCUGUCUUCGAAUCACAAAAAAUUGGAAAGAGGAAUCACGGUGCCUCAAGACAAAAGUAGACUAUACAGCGAAUUACAUCAGAGCGGCCUUUCCAAAACAACAUUCCAUUCGAAUGGCGAAACAAAAAGAGUCGUGAGAUAUCCUCAAAGAAAGUACACUUCCGUACCAACGCUUUCAGAAACCCAGAGGUCCUCGUCCACUCUCAGCAUUUCCCGCUGGCACAGGAAUGUUUUCUGCGCGAUUCGCCACAAUUACAAUCUCGCCUUGGGCAGCACGUUAUUCGUCAAGCAACAUCGCUACCGCUUGCACUGCGAGCAGAAGACUGUUAAGAUCAUUAUGUUUCUCCUGAUUGCUUUCACAGUGUCGUGGUCACCUUAUCUUGCCGUGAGUAUAAUUGGACUGUUCGGGGACCGGAGCCAGCUCACGUACCAAAACACACUGACCGCAAGCCUCAUUGCCAAGACGUCUAUGGUGUUUAAUCCUAUACUGUACUCCAUCAGCCAUCCUAAAGUGAGGAAGAGAAUCGCUAACCUCGCUUGCUGCUAUUCCGUUAGGAGGCAUCAGCAGCAGACCUCAAGAAUCAAAACAGGAAGAAGAUCCACCUCCUCAGCGACACCUAGUAGAUCAUGAAUAUCCCAGCUGAUUUGUCUUCUUUUCCCUUCAAACCCCUCCCCCCUCUCCGUCCUCCACUUUAAUUCACUUUUCUCGCUCUCUCAGUCAUUCUUUCCCCUUCAGACCCCACCCUAUCUCUUUCUCCCCUCUCCCUGUCUUUUUCUCUCACUAUCGAUUUCUCUCUUUCAUUUUUACGCAAUCUAUCAUUAUAUCUAAGUAUAUAUCUAUCUAUCUAUCUAUCUAUCUAUCUAUCUAUCUAUCUAUCUAUCUAUCUAUCUGUCUAUCUAUCUAUCUAUCUAUCUAUCUAUAUAUCUCCCUCAUAUGUAAUACGAUUCGUGAUUUUUUGUUAAGGUCUCAGGGUAGUGACAGGAUCUUCCUUGCCCUGUCACUUCAAAUCAUUUCAGAAACAACACAUUUUUAAAGUUUUAAAAAAAGAAAGAAAAAAAACAAAAACAAAAACAAAACAAAA